CUUUCGCUUGAUGCGAAACCCAAUACCAAAAACCUCCCUGGUUACUUCUCCACUUCAUAUGAAUGGGAAAUGAAAAACUUUUCCACAAGAUUCCACCUUCCACUCGAACAACAAGAGGCCCAAAACCAAGAAAGGAAAGACACAGAAAAAAGAAACACAGAAGAAGAUAAACCUGCAGCUGAAACAAAAGAACAAGAAGAAGAAAGAGCGAAAAGCGAAUGGGAUUUCAAUCUUUGUACCAUUGUUUCUUCAGACGCCACUGGAGCCGCAUCAGAUACCCUCGGUGUCAUCGAAUUCGACCCCUCUGAUUCCAUCAUGGCGACCGGAGGAAUUGCAAGAAAGAUUAGAGUUUAUAAUAUAAAGUCUUUGUUGCCGGAAGAUAAUAAUUUCCAAGAUGUUAAUUUGUUAGAACACUCGAGCGCAUUUGAUUAUUGUAUUUGUACCCCGGCUAAGCUGAGUAGCCUGCGGUGGAAACCCGGAACCAGCGGGCGGGUCUUGGGAUCCGGAGACUAUGAUGGAGUAGUGAUGGAGUAUGAUCUGGAGAGAAGAGUGCCAAUAUUUGAACGUGACGAGCAUGGUGGGAGACGGGUUUGGAGCGUGGACUAUUCGCAAUGGGAUCCGGUUGUGGGAGCAUCCGGAUCCGACGAUGGCACCAUGCAAAUGUGGGAUCCACGUUGCGAUGGUGGGAAGUGUAUGGCCAAGGUGCAGCCCAGCGUGUCACGUAGUUCGGUUUGUUGCGUUGAGUUUCAUCCGUUUGGUGGAGCAUUGGUAGCCGUUGGAUGCGCUGACAAGAAGGCUUAUGCGUACGACGUCCGGAACAUGGUUGACCCUGUACUUGUAUUUGACGGGCACAGAAAAACAGUAACAUACAUUCGGUUCAUGGAUGAAAGUACUCUGGUAUCAGCAGGAACGGAUGGAUGUUUAAAGCUCUGGAACAUAAAUGAUUCGCGAAUAAUUAGAAAUUAUAAAGGACAUGUGAACAGCAGAAGUUUCGUUGGUUUAUCAGUGUGGAAAAAUGGAGGAUUACUGUGUUGUGGCUCAGAAACGAAUCAAGUGUUUGUGUACGACAAGAGGUGGGGCGAGCCCAUUUGGGUGCAUGGGUUCAAGCCAGUGGGUGCGGAUGGAGCCGAGAGUGGGAGUGAGCGUGGGUUCGUGAGUAGUGUGUGUUGGAGACAAGUGGGGAAAGAGCAGUGCACACUUGUGGCAGGAGGAUCAGAUGGGGUUCUGCAAGUUUUUAUGGGCGAAAGGAAGGCAUCCUCAUCGUCAUCAUCGGCUUAUUAG